AAAACCUUAUCUCAAGCCCCUGGUAGGUGAAGAGACCAUCAUCUGGGCGGGCAUUUACAAAACUCCCAUGUGGUACCUUCAACCGACAGAUUUUAUUGCUUUCCACGCUUUCGUCGUCUUUCAAACGAGAAACUGGUGGUGGUCGGCGGAAAAAACCACCGACGGUGUCAGCAUAUGCAGAGGCAAGACUCGUUCAAGCGUGAGAUCUUCCUAUCGAAGCACCAAUCGAAAAACUCCGAUAGAGGAGAUUAUUGCUGACAAAUCACAUGUAAAUCUGCAGGAUCUGAUAGAUUUCCUCUACGACUCCAAUCUCGUCAAGGGUAUUUACAACGUUGUAACAAACAACUGUCAUACGUUUGCCUCCACUCUGUUCAACGAACUUGCAGCUACCCACUACGUCAAUCAUAUUGCACUUCGACAUGCCAAACCCAUCGACUCGGAGCAUGCAAUCGAAUGAGUGCUCGACCCCCAUCCAGACACACACAUUUAGCACAGAUAUGUUGGUUUUAAAAUGUUUAAUUAUAAUUUCAGUAGAUCAUUUUCAGCUUGUAUCAGCGUAAUAACGCUGUUGGCCGGUAUUUCCCCGUAGUAUGAGGUCAGCUUCUCCGUAUAAUGUUGAAGAUGUCUUGACGUUGAUAUAUGGGGCUUCAUGUCCGCCAAUGUACGCCAUUCGUUGUCGCUGCAUGGAAGGAAACAGAUUAAAACAUGUAUAAGAUCUCUGGUAUUUCAAAUAAAGAGAAUUGCACGACAGAUUACUUACCAAGAACACAGAAACAGAGGCUGCAGACCGGCCUCCAGCUUCCUCCUGUGGUUUUUAGACUUCAGGUGGUCCAGGAACGACCGGAGGCCGGUCGUGGUCUUUCCGCAUGUAGAGCAAGAAAAAAGCAUCUUGAUGAUAGUUGAAUGGGACUGAUCAAGGUGGAUCCAAUCACUUUUAUCCCCGCCCAGUUGUUCGUUGGUUGAAGGGUGCGGCGCGCAUGCGUGCAGUUCAACAUUAAAACUCUGCGCGAUGAUCAUGGAGUCCGCCGCUCAGGAUGUGAAGCGGGUAAAGCGGUGACGUGACUACUACAUCUCUUUGAAACGUGUGCGAUUCAUAUGAAAACCGCUAAAGAUGAUGGCCAUGGACCCCGCGUCCCGUUCAAACUUGUCGCCGGUUCUAGUUGAUUCCAGAAACUUCCACCUGAUCCGAGCACACUGUGAGUACUCUGAGCACGCUGUGAGGAGUGGGAAACUAUCGACAUUUUGGUACUCUCCGGUUGAUGCAGACAGUGUGUAACCUUUUGACCCGCGUACGUGAGACGCCCCGGUUUAGGGUAAAAUCGCUAUGACGUCAUCGAUGACGUCAUAGCUGGUACACCCAUAAUACUUUCUACUUGUGUGUGUGUGUGUGUGUGUGUGUGUGUGUGUUGUGUGUGUGUGCAUGUUGUGUGCAUGUUGUGUGCAUGUUGUGUGCUCACACGCAGGGUGCAUGCGGCUCCAGCUGGGCGUUCAGCACAACCGGCUCCACCGAAGGCCAGCACUUCAAGAAGACUGGCAACCUUGUAUCGCUGUCCGAGCAGAACCUGAUUGACUUCAACCAAAAGAAGGCUGAUCGUGGCUGUGGCGGAGGUUUCAUGGACCAUGGCUUCAAGUACAUCAUCGAGAACCACGGCAUUGACACAGAGGAGAGCUACCCUUACACGGCCAAGGCCGGUACAUGCCGCUUCAAGGAGUCGCACGUCGGCGCCACCCUCACCAGCUACAAGGACAUGCUGCCGCGCAAGUCCGAGAGCGCCCUGCAGGAGGCUGUUGCCUCGGUUGGCCCAGUGUCGAUUGCCAUUGACGUUUUCCGCUACUACAAGCACGGAGUCCUGAUCGACAGCAAGUGCACCAACGCUUACCCGAAUCACGCUGCCCUGGUCGUCGGCUACGGUGUUGAGGAAGAGCAGGACUACUGGCUGGUCAAGAACACGUGGGGUACCAGCUGGGGAGACAAGGGAUACAUCAGGACGGCACGUAACCAUGACAACAUGUGCGGGAUCGCCACGGACGCCAGCUAUCCGAUCGCCUAAGCACACAUCGCCGGGACAGCGCCGUCAAAGAAGAAGCGCUCGCACACGCCUUUGUCGUGUGAUGUUGUAACUUAUCUACCAUCAGUAUAGCUGAUUGCCACCGCCACAGCUGCUGCUGCUGCAGCUUUUGUGGCGCAAUCUUCCUUACACUAUCAGCCCGGAUCAUCCAUUCGCGCUAUGAUCCAAGCUUGCAGCCUAUAUCAAUCCUAUCUUCUGAAAAUUGUGGUCAGCUUGCUGUCUGAUGAUCGGUUAACGCUUCUCAUCCCUCUCAAGUGUGUUUAUUUUAUAUAAGGC